AUUAAUAUGUCGGUGGAGAGAGGGAGAAGAUAAGUUAAUUUGAUUAUCGUUCAAUAAACACUAGAACAACAAUGUUUUACUUUUUACAUUUUUUGGCAAAUUUUCUUCUUCUAUCUUUCCAUUCUGCAAAUGGAAGAUUUAGCAGUUUAUCAAUAGAAGAAGAUCUACAGUUAGAAAAAGAGCUAAAAUCCUUAAAUAAGCCUCCUCUGAAGACAAUCAAGACUCAAUAUGGAGACAUCUAUGAUUGUGUGGAUAUAUACGAACAACCUGCUUUGGACAAUCCUUUGCUUGAACAUCACAAAAUUCAGACAAGUCCAAGCUUUGGUACAAAGUCAACUGUGUCUAGUAUUCCUACUCCAAACAAAACUUUGUCACACAGCCUAAAAAUUGGAGCGACAUUGAGGGAUGCAUGUCCAAGAGGAACAGUCCCUAUUCGGAGGACAUCAAAGGAGGAACUAUUAAGAGCUAAAACCAGUUUUACACAACAGUUUCAACCUUCUUACUCUACAAAAGAUGUUGGUCCUCCCAAAUCUGCAAUCUUUUUUGCAGGGAUCUCUGCAGCAUCAAGAAAUGCAACUACAUACUAUGGAGCCGGCGGAUAUGUGAGUGUAUACAACCCAAAUGUUAGCCUUGGCCAAUUUAGUGCAUCUGUAAUCUCAAUUGAAGGAGGUCCUGUUGAGCAGUUUAGCACCAUAAGGGUUGGAUGGAUGGUCAACAUAAACCAGUUCGGAGAUGCUCAAACUCGACUGUACACAAUAUGGGGUCAAGCAGUAAAUGGAGUUAUGCAUGGCUGCUACAAUACAUACUGUUCAGGGUUUGUCCAACUGAAUCCCCAAAUAGCACUUGGUAUGGUCCUUGAACCAAUUUCAAUCAUUCGUGGACCUCAAUACUAUGUCAAACUAGAGGUCCAACUGGAUAAAUCAUCAGGGAACUGGUGGCUAUUAUAUGGGGAAACUGAUACACCAGUGGGAUACUGGUCAAGCAGUUUAUUCACCAGCAUAAAUAGCGGUGCUGAUGUUCUUCGAUGGGGAGGAAUGGCAUACAGUAGCACUCCAGAAUUACCAACAAUGGGAAAUGGCUUGACUGAUGACUUCUUUGGUUGCCAUUUUAGACGUGUUGCACUUAAAUAUGAAGCAGGUUCCUCCCUGAAUGGUACUUUAGAUGCACCAUUGGCAGUUGCACAAACUGGGUGUUACAAGAUUGGAGAUAAUUCCUACAAGGGUGAUUUUUGGGGCUACAGUUUUUGGUUUGGAGGUAAUGGCGGAGAUGCAAAACAGUGCACCUAAGCAGGAUAUUUUUUGUUGAGUUCUCUAAGUAAAAGGAAUGCUGUUAA